AUGGAGAAGUACGGCGGAUUGCCUGGCAUCGACACAGAGUCGCAAGAUAUCUUCGAGACCUCCGAUAUCGAGAGCGAAGCCGAGCUUGAACACGAACCAGAACCAACCGAGAUCGAGGCGUUGGUGACCGAUCCACAGGCCAUCCGCAAUCGGUACGCCAACGACGUGAUUGAUGGGUUGAGUGGCGUGGAUUUCCUGGGAAGCAUCACAAACCCCGUGCUUGGGAGCACAGGGUAUGCUGUCAGAAGAGUGGACGAGACUAGAGACCAGAAGUUAGCCAGAAUAGCGAGGGAAUUGCAGGAGCUAGCCGACCCUGAAAAGGUGCCCGAGCCUGCCAAAUUGGCCCACAUCGGAGCUGCCGCAAGCACCAGCGGACCCAUCGAUCCAGAGAAGCUUGUGGCGUUGCUUGAGACGGCAGUUUCUAGUAACAACCCUUCCAAUCCGUACCAAUCACAGCUCAAUGAGUUGUUUGCGAAAGUCGAUGCUAAAAUAAACGAAAAACCCGUGGCUGGCAAAGCAAUAGUGGCCAAUUCACCGUCUGAAACUCUCGAGUUGGAGUCCAGGAUCAACUCGUUGGAACAGCAGGUCGGAGAGGUGGCACCAGGCUCAAUUCAGAACCUCUUGAAUGAUUUGGCCCGCAAAAUCAAAAUUAUCCACAACCCAGACUACCCCAUAGAUAGAGUGAGAAAGGAAGUGACGCAACUAGCCGAAGAAACUGAAAAAUUGGCCUCGGAUAGAAAGCUUUUGGAGGUCUCAGAGCUGUUGCACACCAAGGAACAGGAACCCAGUGAGAAAAAGAUCGAUGAGCUUUACAGAGUAUUGCCAGAAUUUGAACAGAGUAAUAAGUCUAUUCCUCAGAUUAUCAAGAGGCUCAAGUCGCUCAAUACAGUUCAUGCAGACAUAGCGCACAGCAUCCAGCUGGUUGGGGAUUUGGAUCGGACCCUCGCCGACAUGGACGAAGAAAUCCAGUCCUGGAACGAGUCCAUCGAUGUGUUGAAUGGGAAUUUAAAGGCCUACAGCAAGAAUUUCGAGGAAAACAAGACUGUGAUGGAGAACAAAAUAGAGGAAUUGAGCAAACGGUUAGGCAAGGUCGAAUAA